AUGGAUAGGCGGCUCCUCGAAGCGGCCGUAUCUGGUGAUGCCACAGAAAUCAUCAAGCAGCUCGCCAUUGAUGACCCGGGCGUCCUGCUUGGAACGACGCCACAGGGGAACACCUGCCUCCACAUCGCCUCCAUCCAUGGCCACGAGGGGUUCUGCAAGGACCUCCUAGGCCUAGCGUUGAACCAAUCAGCUGUUUCUCUGCUCGCCGCCAUCAACAAGGACGGGGAGACGCCGCUGCUCACCGCCGUGACGAGGGGCCGUGACACUUUAGCUUCCGUCCUCCUCAGGUGCUGCCGUGAUCGGCAGCUGAGCGGCGAGACGAUCCUGAAGCAAGACAAGCGCGGGUGCAACGCGCUGCACCAUGCCAUCCGCAGAGGAUAG